AUUGCUUUUUUGGAGACAACAGGAGUAAAGGCGCAGCUCUCCACCAUUUCCAUGGAGACCUACAUAGAUGCUGUGUCUUCAAUUUUAAAGCACAAAUAGCAUAGAUUCCAUGUCAUAAUUAUAAGCUCCCAUGUCCAUGUCCUUUUCUUCAAGGAAAGAGAGAGAAAGCUCGAAGCAAAGUACUGAUUGAAUGAAAGCAGAGCAAGCCAGGAAGCGUGGCAUGGGUGAAAUCAUUACAAUCUCUUCAAGAGAAAGGCUUGGGAUCAUAGGCACAGUUUUCAAUCAUGGCAGAGAUCGUAUAAUCAUCUCACUGUAAUUGCAGCAAGUGAAAGAGAAAGCUUCUUCUUUGAGAAAGCAAAGAAAGAAGAGCUAUAUAUUGAAACAAGAGCGAAAAAGCAGGGAUUUUGCAUCUUCUUAGUUAGAAAAAGAGUGGGAGAGAGAAGAGGUUGAUGAGGAAGUUAUCCCUUUAAUUUCAGUGCUGCAGAAAGGUUUUCCUGAAAAGAAAAAGAGAAGGGAGAGAUAGAUUGAGGAAGAUGGAGGUGAAGAAAGAAGAAUAAAGUGGGAAAGUGAUAAGCUGAAAAAGUAAGGCAAGGCUUUCUAUCUGCAACAGGACACAUGUGCAAGAUGGCCUCAAGUGUUUCUCUGAGUGGGGAAGUGUUUUAGAUGUAGAUUCCAAAAACACCAUCUCCUUUCUCUUCUCUCCUUUUCUCUCUUCUUGGGACUACCAAUCCUUUUUAUAAAAAUUCAUCAUGGAGUUUUCAAAUAUGCUUGAUCUCCAUACCCACCCUGAGCAGAGAUUCUUCCUCCAUGCCUCAACAUCUCCAGACUGCACCCAUGGCUCAUUACUUAAUGGUAUUGAGCUCAUUCCAACUUCUGGAGAUGAACAGCAUGUCAUAGAUCCAGUUUCUCUCACAACUUCUCAUCAUCACAUUUUUCAAGAUCUUGGUUUUCAGUGGGGCAGCCAUUGCCAGACCUCAACACAACAGUUAUCUUCUGAAGUAAAACAUGAAGAUCAUACACAACUAGAUGAACUCAGCAGUUAUCAACUUUCACGUCCUCCUCUCAUUCAUGGAAGCUUAGGGUUUGAUCAUUUGUGUUAUGGAACACUUCUUCCUGGUGUAAACAUGCAGACUGCAUAUAUGGCUUCCAUGGAGACAUCAUUAGGUUUGGACAUGGAGGCUCUGGAUACCUUGUCAUCAACAAGAUAUGGCAGGAUUGCUCCUUGCCAAUCUUCUAACAUUAAUGGUUCUAUAAAUGUUGAUAAUAUGAGCUAUGAGCUUCUGCACCAGUGGCAUCAUCCAGCUCAUGGAGGUUUCAUGAAUCUUCAGGAGAUUCCAACAUCAAUCAAUGGAGGACUCACUGAUGGAAAGGGAGCAAACUGCAGCAGCCUCGAUCAUCUCAGACCGUCGAAGAAGCCGCGCUUUGAUCCGCGUCCUUCUCUCCCGCCUUUUAAGGUUAGGAAGGAGAAGUUGGGAGACAGGAUUGCAGCACUUCAGCAGCUGGUUGCACCAUUUGGAAAGGUUUCAACUUCAAAUGAAAGAGAUGGCUCAAAGCCUGAUCUAAGAAGCAGAGGACUUUGUCUUGUUCCAUUGUCAUGCACUUCAUAUGUUACAAAUGAUAAUGCAAUUUGGUCACCUCCUAAUUUUAGGUGAAGCUCCUCAAGUUAAAAUGUACUGAUGGUAUAUGUGCUUUAAAGGAUGUCAAUUAUGUUGAUAUUUGUCAAUCAUACAAAAAUAUUGGUGCAUACCCUUGU